AUGACAUAUUACGAUGCGUGUUUCAAUAUUCAACACGGUAGCGGUAGACAAAGUGGCAUCAAACGCGUCUAUGUAGGCGCCUCAAAUCAACGCGGUUGUAACAAUAGCAUCGUUACGAAGUCCACUAAAGGCCCAAACAUUGGUCCUUUGAGCCGGAUACGACGAGCGAAUCUCGCAAUCAACACAAAAUCGUCUGUCGUGUCAAAAUGCAUUAAUAAGCAUAACAAAGCAUACGGGUCGCAGCGGUUGCAACCGGCGUACAAUCAGUACACAAGGAAGGCACAGGAUACAGCGGUUAUCACUGGCUUAGCACGCAAUUCACAGCAUCGGCAAGGACAUAGAGGACAGCAUUCAUACGUCAUAGGUGCAGACAUUACGAUGAUGUACCGCCAAGUACUGGUAGAGCCAUCGCAACGCGCGUAUCAGCGAAUCCUUUGGAGAGAAGAUUCAUCACAUUGCAUAGACACAUAUGAACUAAACACUGUUACAUAUGGAAUGGCGUCAAGCCCCUUUUUGGCAAUCAAGUGCCUGUUUAGCUUAGCUGACAAACAUCAAGAAACAUAUCCUAAGGCAGCAACUAUCAUACGCAAAUUUAUGUAUGUAGACGAUUUGCUGUUUGGCGCAUCGUCAAAGGAGGAAGAUAUUCAACUCGCAAAGGAUGUAUCAUACAUUUUGUCAUCAGGAUGUUUCGAACUUCGCAAAUGGAUAUCCAACGAACCGCAAAUACUUGAAGACAUCGGAAUUUCUAACAGCGACCAGCAAGUUAUUGAGAUAGGUGAAGCAGGAGCUACAAAAACUUUAGGACUAUCUUGGUUAUGUACCAAUGAUGAGUUAAUAUAUUAUGUCAAGUUAGAGUUAGACAAAAGACCGGCCACCAAACGAACUAUGUUAUCAGUAAUUGCUCGUCUUUUUGACUCAAUAGGACUUAUCGGUCCUUGCAUCAUUAUCACCAAAGUCAUGUUGCAGAAAUUGUGGAAGCUGAAACUCUCGUGGGACGAUGAGCUCCCGGUUGAUUUGCAAUCCGAAUGGUCGCAAUUUCUUAAAGAGCUUACUUACAUUAACGACAUUCGCAUUCCUCGGCAAAUUUGCUGCUCAUCACCACAGUGUGUUCAAAUCCACGGAUUUUCGGAUGCGAGCGAAGCAGCGUACGGAGGCUGCAUAUACAUUCGGUCAGUAAAUACAGCAGGGUCAACAUUUGUUCAACUAUUAUGCGCCAGAUCAAGAGUUGCGCCUUUGAAGCCACUUACAAUGCCCAAACUCGAAUUAAGUGCCGCGCAUCUUUUUGUAAAAUUAAUAGCCAAAAUCAAGACAGCAUUAGACUUGAACAUCGACUCCGUGCAUUACUGGAGUGAUUCGACUUUCAUUCUCAGUUGGAUACGAUUUGAGCCACAUCGACUUCAAACAUUUGUACGCAAUCGAGUGACUGACAUACAAGCGUUAUCUUCGGCAAGUAAUUGGAAACAUAUUCCAUCAUCAGAAAAUCCAGCCGACUUACUGUCUCGGGGAGUGUCUCCGAGGACAUUAACUGAUUCAAAUUUAUGGUGGCAUGGGCCAACUUGGUUGGCAGAGAGCGAAGAUCAAUGGCCUACACAGAACAAUGAUAUUCCUAUCAAUUUACCCGAGGUGAAAGAAUCAAGGCUCAAAAUCAGUGUCUUACACUCACAACGCGGAGGAAGUUCAUCAAGCCAAAAUCACGCUAAUAAGAUUAGCACAACUGGAAUCGUUCCAGAGGAAAUCCACGCGUUAUCUAUAGGCAAGAUAAUAGGAACUCGAAACAAGAUUUCAAGUUUGAAUCCUUUCUUACACAAGGACAACACACUCAGAGUAGGAGGGCGUUUAAGACAUGCGGACUUUGAUUUUGACAAGAAACAUCCAAUAAUAUUGGCGGCCAAGCACCCUCUAAAACUCAUUUUUGAGGAUGAACAUAAGCGAUUGCUGCAUCUCGGCCCUCAAGCAUUGCUAUCACAAAUCAGAGAGAAAUACUGGCCCAUUGCAGACCCAAAGGAAUCACAAAUGGCGGAUUUGCCACACGAUCGCGUGUCACCGACUCCUGUUUUCUAUAACGUAGGCACAGAUUAUACUGGACCCUUUAUCAUAAAGGAUCGUAAAGGAAGAGGAUGUAAGACGCACAAGGCGUACAUCUGUUUAUUUAUCUGCAUGGCUACCAAGGCCAUCCAUUUGGAGCUGGUGUCUGAUCUCACCAGCGAAAACUUCAUUUUGGCACUGCGCAGAUUUACAGCUCGUCGCGGACGACCAGGCAAGAUAUCAUCCGAUAACGGCACCAAUUUUGUUGGGGCCUGUUCAGAGUUAAAACUUCUCGGUGAGUUUCUCACAUCGAAUGAAGGCGAAUUGCAGAAUCGUCUUGUAUCAGAAGGAAUUAAUUGGAGCUUUAUACCUGCCUAUGCGCCGCAUUUUGGCGGCAUAUGGGAGGCUGGUAUAAAAUCAACCAAGUACCAUUUACAACGUGUCAUCGGAAAGGAGCUACUAACGUUUGAAGAAUUUUAUAGUUUAUUGACGCAAAUAGAGGCGAUACUAAAUUCCAGACCCCUAUCUCUAAUGUCAUCGCAUCCCAUGGACUUGCAGCCGCUCACGCCUGCCCAUUUCAUCGUUGGACGGACAUUGACAACCGUGCCUUGUCCAGAUCUAACCGACGUCAAUCAGAAUCGUCUCUCUCGUUAUCAACGGAUACAACAGAUGCAGCAGAAUUUCUGGAAACGAUGGUCUAAGGAAUUCGUUUCGGAGUUACAAUGUCGUUCAAAGUGGAAAUCUAACAUCGGCGCUCUCAAAGUAGGCGAUUUAGUAUUGGUGAAGGAUGACAACGCACCUCCUUUGCAUUGGCAGCUCGGCAGAGUAAGUGAGUUGUACCCGGGAGCCGACUCUGUAAAGCGGGCAGCAACCAUUCGCACGUCUGAAGGAGUUGUGCGUCGUGCUGUAGUCAAGCUAAGUCCUCUACCCAUAGAGACCAAGUCAACAAACAUUAGAAUCGAUCAGUCCAACAACGAUAAAUUACAGCAUAAUUAA